AUGACGGCGCCCCGAGAAGACGGCAUCACGCUUUUCUCCAAAGAAUACUAUGCUGCCUGCACCCUUGGCGGAAUCAUUGCAUGCGGCCCCACGCAUUCUGCAGUCACUCCGCUAGAUUUGGUAAAGUGCCGUCGCCAGGUCGACUCGAGCCUCUACAAGUCGAACGUCCAGGCAUGGAGGACGAUUUUGAAAACAAGCGGGGACUCUGUGUUCACGGGAGUGGGCGCGACUUUCGUCGGAUACGCGCUCCAGGGAGCAGGGAAGUACGGCUUCUAUGAGUACUUCAAGAAGACGUACUCGGACGCGGUGGGGCCGGAGAACGCAUCCAAGUACAAGACCGGGGUGUACUUGGGGGCCGCGGCUUCGGCGGAGUUUUUGGCCGAUCUUGCGUUGUGUCCGUUGGAGACCAUCAAGGUGAAGACGCAAACGACGAUUCCGCCGUACGCGUCGUCGGUGGUGGAUGGGUGGUCGAAGAUCACCGCCCGCGAGGGCGUUGCCGGGCUCUAUAAAGGCAUAGGCCCGCUCUGGGCGCGCCAGAUCCCGUACACCAUGGUCAAGUUCGCAUCCUUCGAGAAGACCGUGGAGCAGAUCUACGCCUCCCUUGGCAAGCCCGCGUCGGCAUACACGCCGUUGCAGCAAACAGGGGUGUCUUUCAUGGGGGGCUACAUUGCCGGGAUAUUCUGUGCGGUGGUGUCGCAUCCUGCGGACGUCAUGGUGUCGAAGGUGAACACGGACAAGAAGGCCGGCGAGGGCUUGGGCCAGGCCGUGCAGCGCAUCUACGGCACGAUCGGGUUUGGCGGGCUCUGGAACGGGUUGCCCAUGCGCAUUGUCAUGAUCGGAACGUUGACCGGGUUCCAGUGGUUGAUCUACGACUCGUUCAAGGUCUACGUGGGCUUGCCCACCACCGGCGGCCACUGA